UGGCACCUUGCGGGGCUCCGCAGCGAGGCCCGCCCCCGCCCGCAGCUGCCCGGGGAUGGCGGCCGCGCCCCCGGCAGCCCCGCCCACCGUCCUGGUCACGCCCACGGCCACGCCCACACGGGGUCGGUCAGGCCGCGGGGCGGGGCCGGGCGGGCCCGCGCGUGCGCAGGGCCGCCCCCUGGCGGCGCGGCGGAAGAUGGCGGCGGGCGGGCCGUCGCGGGCCCCGGAGCGGCGGCCGGACCCGCUGUCCCGCCUCACCUGCCCCGUGUGCCUGGAGGUGUUCGACAGCCCGAUGCGCGUCCCCUGCGGACACGUGUUCUGCACGCCGUGCCUGCAGGAGUGCCUGAAGCCCAAGAAGCCGGUGUGUGGGGUGUGCCGCAGCACCCUGUCGGCCGGGAGCAAGGCUCUGGACUUGGAAAAGCAGCUGGAGACGACAGAGACCACUUGCAACGGCUGCAAUAAAAAAAUAUUCCUGUCCAAGAUGCGCAGCCACGCUGCCUCCUGCUCCAAGUACCAGAACUACAUCAUGGAAGGAGUGAAAGCUGUUACUAAAGAGCCCCUCCACAACACCAGGAGCUUCCCCAAUCGCUUCACCUUCCCCUGCCCGUACUGCAGCGAGAAGAACUUUGAUCAGGAAGGGCUGGUUGAACACUGCAAAGCUUUGCACAGCAUGGAUGCAAAACAAGUGGUUUGCCCAAUUUGUGCCUCAAUGCCGUGGGGAGACCCCAACUACAGGAGUGCCAACUUCAUGGAGCACCUGCAGAGGCGGCACCGCUUCUCCUACGACACCUUUGUGGAUUACGAUGCUGAUGAAGAUGACAUGAUGGCGCAGGUUCUGAUGCGCUCCCUGCGGGAUAAAUGAGCCAGCCAGAUGUACUGCAAACCCAAGCUUCCAGGAGGGGGAAAUGCCCAGCAUCCCUGCACUUCUCCCUGCACAUCCCAAGAUUAACUCAGGCAUCCAGAAGUACAGAAGACUUUAUUCCUAUCUCAGUUUUAAAUCCUGGUUUGAUAUUUCUGUACCAUUCAGUCUUUUGGUAUCAUGGUCUCUGACAUUCAGCCCUGUCAGCCCCAUUUUUCUACUUGCUUAGACUCAGUUUCAUUGUAGAUCAACACGUGGGAACCAAGGCUUUUUCCUUUACCUAUGCCUAUUGGUUUCUUUGGAAGCUGUGUUUAUUUGACUGUCUGAAAUCCAAAACAUUCCAAAUGGAAUGGCCUGAACUAGUUAAUAAAUAUCUUCCCAAUCUCAUGUACAUAUCUCAAGUGAUUGUAUGUGAGGUGUACUGGUAGCUCUGUUCCCCUGUAGUGAGACUUCAGGUGCUAACUGUAACUGUCAGACCAGCUCUCAUUGAAGUGACCUCUGAUACCUGUGAUUCCAUAAUGUUUCCCAGUGUUUCAAUCCUUACAGGCAGCCUCCCACUGUAUGGAAAACAUAACUUCUGUAUGAGUGUUCAAACUGCAAACUUUCCUAGGAAGUCUUUGCACUGUGUAAAAGCUAGUUCAAAAUACUUCAGUUGUAUGCAUGAUGAUUACUUUCCUCCAUGUUCUUACUAUAAUUUCUAGCCUGGAAAAGGAUCUUUAGUGUUGGUCUUAGUUAAAUUGCAUAACUUAACUAUCUUAGCAAAUAUUAAUCAAAAUUGCUGGCUUUAUGAUUAAAUUGCUGGGUUUGAAA